AAUCACGCGUGCGAGAGAUGCGGCGUUAUGGCGUCCUUAACGUAGAUGAUCAAUCGAUUUUUCUGUGAAUAGCAUUAUGCAAAUCGGGCUUUACGUACGGUGUGCAGUAACCAAAUCAACACGUAUACUUAAUAGUGUGUCCUGUGUAUCUUUCGUCUUCGGAGAGUCACUUGCAUCCACGUUCACGUAUCAAAAUUUUUUGCAAAAAAUAUUAACGGUGAGCAGCUACUAGUCGUAGUUGCAAUAUGUCUAUUAUCGAUAAAAUUUCUUACUACCAGCGGAAUUUAGAGAACUGUGAUAACGAGGAUCGGAUAUUACAUUACAUUUCGAAGCUAUAUAAAUUACCAGUGACGGUACAACAUCUUCAACAGACAGGAGUAGGAAGAACUGUGAAUAGCUUCAGAAAAUACAAUGGUACUGUGGGUGAUGCAGCUAAAUCUCUGGUUUGCAAAUGGAAGACUAUGGUAGUAGAUGAUACAGAUGAUUCCAGUGAUAGAGAAGAUGAGGAUGAAACUUGUGUAAUUGAUGCUCAUGAAAAUCAUACUGAUAUCCCUGAAUCUCCAAAACCAGAGGAUAUAGAAGAAGAUGAUUCUUCAUCCAAUCAAUCAUCAGAAUCAAAAUAUAUGCAUAGACGUAAGGAAAUCAAGAGUGAACUAUCUACAAAACAUAGUGUAGUGCAUACAUCCAAAUCUAAGUCAGAGGAAAAGCAAGAGAAGCAUGAAAAAAGUAGACAUUCUUCCAAACAUCAUUCACAUAGCGAAAGAAGGUCCAAAGAAUCAAAAAGCAGUAAAAGUAGUAUGACUAAAGAAACUCACAGCUCGACAAAGCAUAGCCAUAGCAAGAAUGAUGAUUCAAAAAAGGCUAAAGCUACUCAGAUUAAUGAGGACAAUAAUAAAAAGAGGAAAACAAGUGACUCCAGUUCUACAACAAAGGAAAACAAGAAAAGGAAAUUGUCAGAUAGCAAAAGUGAUGAUGAAAAACCUCAACUGUCUAUUUCAGAACAUAAUCGUUCUCAAUUAAAAGCUUCUGGAAUUCAGAUAGAGGUGAAAAUUAAAGUAGAAGAUGAACAGUUUUUAGCAUCUGAUAACAAGCAAGAUGUUAAACAGGAGAAAUAUUUACAGGGAAAAUCCAAGAGCAGCUCCAGUAAACUUAAGUCACAAGAAUCAGAUAGUAAAGCAAAGGACAGCAGUGAAAAACAAAAGCAUAAUAAAGAACAUACUAGUCAUAAGAAAUAUGAUGCAAAAAGUUUCAGUCAUCAUUCUAGCAAGGAAACUUCCAAAUUGAAAGUUAGUUCCUCUAGUAGUAGUAAUAGUAGUAGUAGUAGUAAAGAUUAUAUUAAGAGCAAAGACAAAGAUAAGAGAAAGGAGCACAAAGGGGAUAAAAGUAAAUACGAAAAGGAGACAAAAAUUAAAUUAAUACAGGAAAUAAACGGUGAAGGAAUAGAUUGCAAUUCUGGUGCAAGUUUUGCAGAAGCACUUGGUAUGUGUUCAAUGCCUCAACCAUCAAAAAAACGUCAGAGUAAUUCAUCCAGCACAAAUUCCAAUAAACCAAUUAAAGUAGAACGGAUCUCACCACCCAUUAAUAAUAGAAAGAUACUAACUGCGAAAAGUGAACCAGAAUGCAGCGAUGAUCCAAAAGCACCAUCCCUUUUAGCACCAAAUGUAAAGUUGGAACCGUUGAAUGUGGAUUUGGCAUCUACAUUACCUGAAAUUAGUCCGAAUUACAAGCCACUGCCAUACAUUAAUCCUAUACAACGCAAAGAAGAAGUCAAACCAGUCAAUGAUAUCAUUUAUGUAAAAAAUCAAAGAACAAAAGUGUAUUCUGGCAACAAAGUUGGUUACACAAGCGUGCCGACAUUAUAUGAAAUGUGCAUCAGAGUAUUAAUAGAAAAUAUCGAUGCACUCGAAUUUACUGGCGGCGUACCGUAUGACAUAUUAAAGCCGAUCCUAGAACGUGCCACGGCUGAUCAAUUAUUUAUGUUAGAACAUCAUAAUCCAUAUCUAGUAGAAGACACGGAUAUAUUAUGGCAAUAUCAUUGUAAUAGAGAAUUCAGAAAUAAUGAGAGACAGGAAAUGGAGUCAUGGCGCGAAAUGUAUAUGCGCUGCUUGGAUGAAAGAGAAGCAAAACUGAAAACACUCACCGCCAAUAUUAAACAAUCUAUAGACAAAUCUAUUCCAGUGAGAUCCACUAAACUUGCUUAUGUGGAUAAUGUCGUAAAACCGCCGCGCAAUGUAUUGAAAAAACAAGCAAAAUAUGGUACAGCCAAUGCCAUUCCUGCUACCGUUUCCAGUGUGAAGAAAAAGUUAACUAGCAGUGGUGCAAAUAACGCGACAAAUAUUGCUGUACCACCACCGCCAAUGUCCCGAUUUAAACCAUCAACAUCAAGCAUGAAAAAGACAAAAGCACCACUUAUGGCAAAGGCGUUGCAGUUAAUAAAAGGUCGUUACAAACGGUAGUGGUAGCAACUUCACGAAUCGUUGUUACAAAUCGUUAAUCGUUCAAUUCUAAUAAAUUAUACAUUCAUCAUCCUUUUAUAUUAUUUUAUUAUAAACUCAACACGUUCUCUGCCGCGUGAGGCGUAUGCGCCUGAAUUUUUUAUUGGAGCAGCGUGAUUUUAUAUGUUAACAUUAUCAUAAGAUAUUUCAUAAAAUCAUGUAUUGAUAUUGCUUAAAUAUUAUGUAUAAUUGUAGUUAUACAUAAUAUCACAUUGUGGAAACAUGAUAUAUUUAUUAUAUAAAUACCUUUUUCUUAACCUUUCGUUCGUACACGAUUUUUCGGCACUUAUAAUUAACCUGUACACACGACGUCAUUAAUGCUUAGCCAUCUUAAGUUAGCUGCGUUCUGGGAUUUCUAUAGUGCACAUAACACAUCUUAAAUAAAAAUGAAAAAACUGUUGACUUUUUCUUCAUAAGACGUUAUUGUCUUUACUUCAAAGUAAUAAAAAGAAACUGAAAAAAAUCAUGGAAGAUCUGUCAAUAUUGUAGUUACAACUUUAUUAUUUUGACAAAAAUUAUUUUUUUAAUGAAUUUUGAUGAUAAAUGAAGGAAAAAAACUGUUAUUUUAUGUCGGACGUUUCAGAUACAUUUAUACAAGCGAAAGGUUAAUAAUACUAAUAAUAAAUUUAUACAAUAUAUAUGUUGUAAGCAAAAUUAUUAUUCUCAAAAUGCGGAUCAUACACAUACGACUUACACAAUCUGAAUUGAAAUUUAUCGAAAAUUGGAUCGGCAGUAAACGUGUCAAUAGGCGUAUUCUGUAACUCUUAAUGACAGCUAGGGAUAUCAUUAGGUACGUGUCGUUGCGCAGCUUUUCUACUAUGUACAAUAUGUGCGCAACGACGCUGUAACGAUACCGAAUUGUCGUUAUGAAAUUAGAGAAUAGGCCUACAGUAUGACUUAUACAUUUUUUUGUUUAUUCGUAUUCAAUAGAUCAUAAAGCAAUUUUCAUUUUGUUAUACUCAUAGAUGAGUACAUGUAAAAAUAAUUGCAUGUAAUUAUACAGUCGUGUAAA